CGUGACUGCUAGCUCCGUAUGUUGAAAGCCCCGGAUGUUUACAAUUUAGUCGCAUACCGAAAAUGGAAACACUUUUAGAACAACAGAGGCGAUACCAUGAAGAAAGGGAAAGACUUAUGGAUUCCAUGACGAAAGAAAUGCUCCAGCCAGCAAAACCGGGUAGAGAUCAUAUCAAUAAAGAUCACAGGACAAGAAAUUUGUUAGAUAGAUACACAGAAUGCACAACUGAACUUCAAGAGCUUUAUGAAGACAAGGAUGGGUUGCGUAAAGAGGAGGUGCAGGCACUGUACGGGCCAAAUGAGUUCCAAGAGUUCUACUCUAGGCUGAAGCAGCUGAAAGAUUUCCACAGGAAACAUCCAAAUGAAAUUAGUGUUCCAAUGUCUAUGGAGUUUGAUGAAAUCAACAAGAUGCGGGAAAAUGCUGAUGAUAACACCAAUAUGGUGGAGUUCUCGGAUGAGGAAGGGUACGGCAAAUACCUUGAUCUUCAUGAAUGUCACACGCAUUUCAUCAACCUUAAAGGCAUGGAGAAAAUUGACUACAUCUCAUACCUAUCCACAUUUGAUCAUCUCUUUGACGUACCGAAGGAAAGAAAAAAUGCAGCCUAUAAAGAAUAUUUGCAGUAUUUAUUGGAGUACUUAGAGAUGUAUGUGCAAAGAAUAAAACCUAUCCUGGAUAUUAACAAGGAGAUGAGGACUGUCCUGGCAGAGUUUGAGCAGCAGUUCUCCGAGGGUCACUUUCCUGGCUGGCCAAAAGAGACACUGGGAGCACUGGCUCACACCGGAGCCCAUCUUGACCUGUCCGCGUUCUCUUCAUGGGAGGAGUUAGCGUCACUUGGAUUGGAUCGUCUCAAGUCUGCUUUGAUGGCCUUGGGACUGAAAUGUGGAGGCACCCUUGAGGAGAGGGCCCAGAGACUGUUCAGCACAAAGGGCAAGCGUCUGGAGGACCUAGAUCCAGCCAUGUUCGCAAAAUCAAAACCAGGAAGGGCUGGAAAGGCCAGAGAGAGUGAGAAGCAGCGUGAGAUUGCAGGUCUUGAGGCCCAAGUGUACAGAUUCUCCGAACUGCUGUCUGAGCAGCGUGCGGCCACACGAGAAAACGUGAUCCGCAAACAGGCACGGACAGGGGAGGAGAGAGAGGAGUCCGACGAUGAGGACACCAUGGCUGACAGUGACGAUGAUGAUGAUGAUGUGCCAUACAAUCCGAAGAAUCUGCCGCUCGGCUGGGAUGGAAAGCCUAUCCCAUACUGGUUGUACAAGCUACAUGGACUGAAUAUCAGCUACCAGUGUGAGAUCUGCUGUAACGUCAUAUACAAGGGACCCAAGGCUUUCCAGAGACACUUCGCGGAGUGGCGCCACGCCCACGGUAUGCGAUGUCUGGGUAUCCCCAACACAGCCCAUUUUGCCAACGUCACAUCAAUAGAGGAUGCACUGGCCUUAUGGCAGAAGAUCAAGGUCACAAAAGAAACAGACAGAUGGAGACCAGAUACUGAGGAGGAGUUUGAAGACUCGAUAGGCAACGUUGUCAACAAGAAGACGUAUGAAGACAUGAAAAGACAAGGGUUGCUCUAGAAAACAUCUCGUUUUGAGUGAAAGGUCAUGUGGUUUCAUCGCUUUCAUUUCGGGGUCAUGUGGGGUCAUUGAUGGUGAAGAGAGGUGUGUUCAGUGGCAGCAUGUCGUUUUGUGGAUUCUCACACAGACAUUUAAUUAUAUCAUGUAUGUUAUGAAUAUAUUUCUGAUUCUCAUCAAUAAAUAACACUAUGACAGGGACUAUGUCAGGGACAUUUCUUUGGUUCAGUUUAAAAAAACAAAACAUCUUCUGUUCAGUUAUAGACAGUUACAAGAUAUUUGUAUAUUUGUGAUUGUGAGCAAAUUAAUUUUGUUUUUCAUUGACAACAUUCAUACUGAUUCCUCAAUUUUAUAAACAUACGAUUUUGAUUGCUCAGCGACUUAACAACAAAUGCAAGAUUACUCCUGAUACUUACUUAUGUACAUGUUGCAUUUGUCAUGUGAGAAUUUUGUAAUAAAAUGAUUUUAUCUAA